ACAGAAUAGAAAGAAAACAUAGACAACUAAACUAAGAUAAGUUUGUCUAUGAAAGAAAAUAAUAAGUAUUUUGAAUUUGAAAAGAGAUACAUUUGUAACCAAAAAAUUAUUACAUCAAAUGAUGAGUAAUGAAGACGAAAAUCUGUGUUUCCUUUUAGUAGAGAAUAAAUUAAAGUCUUUAGAUGAUAUCACCGAAAAGUUUUCUUUACAGCAAAAACAGGAGAAAAAAUUGAACUUGAAAACUAAUAUUAAGUCUAUUGAUUUCAAGAAUUAUUUGAAAGAGACAUGUAUGAACAAUGAAAUCAGUUGUGCUCAAAGUAAGAAAGCAAUAUACAAUGAUUAUCAUGAAUUUGCUAAGUGUGUUCAGGGACAAAAAUGUCAUGGAGUUUCUUCCAUGAAGAAAAUUCCAACAAAAAUAGAGAGAGUGAUAAACUAUGGGGAAAGUCAUGUUGCAAAUAAUAAAUCUUGCUCUGGUUUUAUAACAGCCUCAGAGGAAUUGAAUGCUCAAAACAUUAAAAAAUACGGCUCACAAAAAAAUAUAUCAUGUUCUACUAGUUCCUCCUCUAUCAAUGUGCAAAGAAAAAAGUUAGGAACUCGAGGUAUUAGUAGGAAGUUCGUACCACCUCUUAUGAAAAAUGGUGAUGACAUUGAUCAAACGAAGAGAGAAUGUUCAACUGUUUACCCAGACGAAAAAAUGAAGAAUAUAGAUCCAAAAAUGAUAGAAUUAAUCAAAUCUGAGAUCAUGGAUAAUGGGUCCCCAAUACAUUGGGAAGAUAUAGCAGGUUUGCAGUUUGCCAAAUCUGCAAUACAAGAAGCUGUAAUCUGGCCAAUGUUACGACCUGAUAUUUUCACCGGUUUAAGGAGACCACCUAAAGGAAUACUGCUUUUUGGCCCUCCAGGAACUGGAAAAACUCUAAUUGGGAAAUGUAUAGCAUCUCAAAGUCAAUCCACAUUCUUUAGUAUAAGUGCCUCUUCAUUAACUUCAAAAUGGAUUGGUGAUGGAGAAAAAAUGGUUAGAGCCUUGUUUGCUGUAGCUAGAUGUCAUCAACCAUCUGUAAUAUUUAUAGAUGAAAUUGAUUCACUUCUCUCUCAAAGAAGUGACACUGAACAUGAAAGUUCACGUAGAAUAAAGACAGAAUUUCUCAUUCAAUUAGAUGGUGCCACAACUGAUAAUGAAGAAAGACUACUUCUAGUAGGCGCUACCAAUAGACCUCAAGAACUCGAUGAAGCAGCUAGAAGAAGAUUUGUUAAGAGGCUGUACAUACCUCUUCCAGAAUAUGAGGCGAGAUUGGAACUUUUCAAGAAAUUGAUCUCUGGAGAAAAUCACCAAUUGAGUGAAAAAAACUUUGAAGAGGUUGCUAAAUUGUCCGAAGGCUACUCAGGUGCUGAUAUCAGAAGUUUAUGUUCAGAGGCCUCUUUAGGUCCAAUAAGAUCAAUUAACAUGAAUUUAAUCGAAAAAAUACAACCAGAAGAGGUGCGUCCUUUAGUGAUGGAAGAUUUCGAAAAAGCAUUUCUAAGAGUCAAGUCUAGUGUUUCCACAAAGGAUUUGGAUCAAUUAAUGGAUUGGAAUAGGAUAUUUGGUUCAGGGUUGUGAAUUUAUAUUAUAUUAUUUAUUAUAUAUCAGUAUUAUAUUUUUAAGAAGAAAUUAUUAGUAUUCAGAACUCACAAAUGGUUUGAACUCAAAAUAAAUUUGCUAUAUAAUGUGA